AUGACACCUCAACUUAGUACUGUUAAAUGUAUACAAUUUUGCAUUUUGUCACCAGAAGAAACCAGACGUAUGUCUGUCACACCUGGAGGCAUUCAUCGCAUCGUAGCAUUUGAUAAUCAUGACCCGGUUUUGAAUGGAGUGUGUGAUCCGCGACUUGGUGCUAUUGAUAGAUAUGCUCUUUGUCAGACAUGUGAAUGUGAUUUAGCUAAAUGCACCGGUCAUAUGGGUCAUAUUGAAUUCUGCGUUCCACUUUAUCACAUUGGUUUUAUGAACAAAGUUCUUAACACUUUAAGAUGCGUUUGUCUUACGUGCUCGAAAUUGUUGAUAACCUAUGAUUGCCCAGAAAUGCAAAGAAUAUUAAGGCGCUAUCGCAAUUCUCCAAGUCUACGUCUUGACGCAGUCACACGUCUGUGCGUUACGAAGAAGUUUUGUUCUACAAAUAUCGAUUCCAAAGAUUUCACAAAUGAACCAGACUUGGGUUGUGGUGCUUUUAAACCAAGAUUAAUGCGCAAUGGCGUUGAUAUUGAAAUCGUAUUAGAAAAAAAUUUUGAUAAUCCAACUGACGAACCGACUGAGAUACUACCUACUCAUAAAGUUUUACAAAUUUUAAAAGCAAUUACUGAUGAUGAUUGUCGUUUAAUGGGUUUCAGUCCAAAACAUUCAAGACCUGAAUGGAUGCUUUUUCAGGUAAUGCCUGUUUCAUCAUUAUCUGUUCGCCCUGCCGUUCUUGUGAAUUCUGUGAAUCGAGCACAGGAUGAUUUGACAUUUAUGUAUCUAAAUAUUGUAAAAGCAAAUAACGAACUAAGUGCUAAAAUAAACUGCGAUGCAGCUGAAGGUGUAAUAAGAGAUAAUUAUUUAUUCUUACAAUAUGCAGUAAAUGCCAUUAUCAAAAAUGAUGCCUGUGGAGCACCAACAGUUAUCCAUAGAUCAGGACGUCCAUUGAAAAGUUAUUCAAUGCGUCUAAAAGGAAAAGAAGGACGCGUUCGAGGAAAUUUAAUGGGAAAGCGUGUAGAUUUCUCCGCUCGUACAGUUAUAACACCUGAUCCAUCACUGAAUAUUGAUCAAGUUGGUGUGCCACGAUCAAUUGCAGCAACGCUUACAUUCCCAGAAGUUGUUAAUGAUUUUAACAUUAAACGCUUAACAUUGCUCGUUAGACGUGGUAAUCAUUUUCCUGGGGCUGCAUAUGUAAUUCGCGACACUGGUGAACGUCUUAAUCUUAGCACCAUACCAGAUCUGUCUUCGUUGCAAUUGCUGAAAGGUUAUACUGUCGAAAGACAUAUGCAGAACGAUGACUUAGUUAUUUUUAAUCGGCAACCUACUUUACAUAAAAUGUCAAUGAUGGGUCAUCGUUGUAAAAUUUUACCAUGGUCAACAUUUCGUUUAAAUCUUUCCUGUACUUCACCAUAUAAUGCUGAUUUCGAUGGCGAUGAAAUGAAUUUACAUUUCCCACAAACUCAAAUGACACGUUCAGAAGUCGCAAACAUACACAUUUCAUCCCGUCAGUUAAUCACACCACAAUCCAACAUGCCAGUUAUGGGUAUAGUUCAAGAUGCUCUUAUUGGCGCUUAUAAAAUGACUCAACGAAAUGUGCUCAUCGAACGUCAUGAGGUCAUGAAUUUGCUUAUGACAAUACCAAGUUGGAGAGGAGUUUUGCCGAUACCAUGCAUUGUAAAACCUGUACAACUUUGGUCAGGCAAACAAGUUUUUUCAGAAGUAAUACCGGAGGUUAUCAGUAUGAUUCGCACCAAUUCUAUACAUCAAGAAGAAGAAGACAGCUCUAUUUAUUGCUGGAUGUCAAAUGCUGAUACAAAAGUUAUUAUUGACGAUGGACACCUCGUCGCAGGAACUUUAUGUAAACGCACAUUAGGUGCGACAUAUGGUUCACUUAUGCAUAUAACUUAUAUUGAGUUGGGUCAUAAAGUAGCCGCAGAUCUAUGUUUUGGUAUUCAAAAGGUAGCAAAUGCUUGGUUAGCAGGAAAUGGUCAUAGUGUGGGUAUAGCGGAUGCUAUAGCCGAUAAUGCAACCUACAAAUUAAAUGAGGAAGCUAUAAGUAAUGCCGAAAAUGAGGUGAGAAAUGUAUUAUUUAAGGCAAUGUGCGGUAAACUAGAACCUCUGCCUGGCAAUACUAUUUGGCAAACGUGUGAGAGUAAAGUCAAUCAUAUACUUAAUGAUGCACGUGAUAAAACGGGAAUGCAAGCCAGAAACUCCUUGAAACCAUGGAAUAACUUUAAGGCUAUGGUUAUUGCCGGCUCGAAAGGUUCUAACAUAAAUAUAUCUCAAGUACUUGCAUGUGUUGGACAGCAAAAUGUUGAAGGCCGCCGUGUACCUUUCGGUUUCUAUCAGCGUACAUUACCACAUUUUUCAAAAAAUGACUACAGCUCUCAAUCGCGUGGUUUUGUUGCAAACUCCUAUUUAUCUGGGUUGACACCUUCGGAGUUCUUUUUUCAUGCAAUGGCCGGACGUGAAGGAUUAAUCGAUACAGCAGUAAAAACUGCUGAAAUCGGUUAUAUCCAACGACGCCUAAUCAAAGCAAUGGAAUCUGUUAUGGUUCAAUACGAUGACACAGUUAGAACUUGUGAUCAUAAUCUUUUGCAAUUACUUUAUGGCGAAGAUGGUUUACGUGGUGAAUAUGUAGAAUUUCAAUCAUUACCCACAAUACCGUUGUCAAACAGAACAUUUGAAAAUCAAUAUAAAUACAAUACUCGAGAAAGACUUGAUGACUAUUUCACACGUGAAGCUUUAGAUGAAAUGCGUAAUGCUAAAAAUUUAAUUACAACGAUUGAAGAGGAAUGGGCACAGCUGCGCAAAGAUAGAGAAGAGCUAAGGGAAGUUUUUCCAACUGGUGAUGCGAAAGCUGUCAUGCCGAUUAAUUUGCAACGAAUCUUAGGAAAAGUGAAGACUAUGUUUCACAUACAUAAUUGUACCAAAAGUGACUUAACACCGAUUGAUGUUGUGAAUGGUGUUAGAAGCCUAAUAGACAAGUGUAAUGUUGUCCUCGGUGAUGAUAGAUUAUCUCUUGAAGCAAAUUACAAUGCGACCUUAAUUUUUCGAUCGUUAAUUCGUAUGGAACUGUGUUCAAAAAAAGUUAUAAAGAAGCAUCAUUUGACAAAAAAUGCUUUCGAAAUGUUAUUAGGAGAGAUACAUCAACGCUUUGAACUAGCAAAAGUUAGUGCCGGUGAAAUGGUUGGUGCACUUUCCGCACAAUCAGUAGGAGAACCAGCAACUCAGAUGACAUUGAACACAUUUCAUUUUGCUGGCGUCUCAUCAAAAAAUGUUACUCUAGGUGUUCCUCGUUUAAAGGAAAUAAUCAAUUUAUCGCAACAACCUAAAGCACCAUCAAUGACAAUUUAUUUACUUGGUCCAGCAACAACAGAUGCAGAAAAGGCAAACGAAAUAGUUCACCAACUGGAAGUUACCAAAAUGAAACAAAUCAUUUUUUCAACAGAAAUUUAUUAUGACCCUGAUAUAACUAACAGUGUUGUUACAGACGAUCAAGAUUUCUUGGAUUUAUAUACUCAAAUACCUGAUUUCGAAAUAGAUAAAAUAACUAAAUGGACGCUACGAAUUAUUUUUGAACGUAAAGCUAUGAUAGAUCGCAGAAUAACAAUGGAAAAUCUUGCCGAAAAGAUUGAAAAGCUUUUUGGUGAUGAUCUAAGAUGUCUCUAUACAGAUGACAAUGCUGAUAUUCUGGUGAUGCGUAUCUAUUUACAAGAUGUUGCAAAAUAUGGACUAGAUGAUAAUGGAAGUGUGCGACGUAAAAGUUUUUCUCAAGGAGCAAACAUGGAACGUGAUUUUGAUCAGCUUAGCUUUCUACAAAAUUUGGAGCAGAAUGUGUUGAUGGAUAUAACAAUAAUGGGAAUUGAAACAGUAACGAAAGUGUAUAUGCACUUACCGACAAUGACUAACAAACAACGAACUAUAAUUGGUUCAGAUGGUGAAUAUGUUAGAGUUUCUGAAUGGAUGUUAGAAACGGAUGGUACUGCCUUUCUGAAUGUGAUUGGACGUCCAGAAAUAGAUUCCAUCAGAACAUACACAAAUGAUAUUUGGGACAAUUUUCAUGUACUCGGCGUAGAAGCCGUACGUCAAGUCAUACAUAGGGAACUGAACUCUGUUUUAACAUUUUAUGGUCUUUAUGUAAAUUAUCGUCAUUUGGCAUUGUUGUGUGAUGUGAUGACAGCAAGAGGCCAUCUAAUGUCGAUUACUCGACAUGGUAUUAAUCGACAGGAAACAGGGCCUUUAAUGCGUUGUUCUUUUGAAGAAACUGUUGAAGUAUUGAUGGAUGCAGCUGCAUUUGGAGAAUGUGAUAGUCUUAAGGGUGUUUCAGAAAAAUUGAUUGUAGGUCAAAUACCACAAAUUGGUACAGGUUCUUUUAGUCUUGGGUGUAACCUAGAAUUAUGUAUGAAACCAGCGAAAACUAAAGCCGUUAAAAAAUCGAAUAGAAGAAAUAUGGGACCGUUUUGUUCAGUUGAAUAUUUUGCAAGCUCACCUUCAUCUGAAUUACUGACACCAUCACACACACCACAAACACCAAAUUUCUAUCCAUUCAUGAGUUUAAACAGCAUAUCAGAUAGUCCUUACUCACCUUCCUCAGAUAUAUCAGAAAUAAGCUACCCAAGUUCUCCAAAUAGAGCCUUUUCACCAUCAUAUCCCAUGUAUUCUCCCGAAUUCGAAUUACAAACAGGAUUAUCACCAUUAUAUAAUCGUGGUUAUUACUCUUCUGAUAAAUCGCCCAAUAAAUCUCCUAGUUAUUCACCGCUUAUUAGCACUUCUCCAUUUUAUUCUGCACUUUCACCUUUAUACUCACCUUUAUCACCUCUGUACAGUGGUUCAAAUUUAUAUAACAUUUCACCAAUACAAACACCAAGAUCUAGUUAUACUCAUAACUCACCCUCUCCAAUUAAUUCACUUUUUUCUAAAUUCUCGUCCUCACCUCAAUCUCCCUGCUCAGAAUAUUCUCCCACUUCACCGGAAUUUGAAUCAGGUGAUAUAAGUUAUUCGCCAAGUUCGCCAAUAAUGACGCCAAAUAUGACUAAACAUAAAUAUUUGCCUGAUUCACCGAUUCCAUUAUAUGCUGUAACAAAAGCAUCAACGGAACCAAAAUUAGGUACACAAUAUUCACCUACUUCGCCAUUAACUACACCGCUAUAUACUUCAUCUUCGGACCAGUAUUCACCAAGUUCACCAACAUCACCAAUUUCACCAGAUUCUCCAACUUCUGAAGAAGCAUCAAUUUCUAUGCAGCCAGCAUUUAUAUUUUCUCCUUGCUUUUCACCGAGAAAAGCUCCAGCAAGUAGCAGAUAUCCAACAUAUUCUCCAUCAUCACCUACAACUAUAGAUGCAGAUAUUGAAAAAGAAUUAAAAGAUGCACAUGGUAAUAUUUAUUCAUCUUAUUCUCCAACAUCACCAUCUCCUGACACAUAUUCUCCAACAUCACCUACUUCUAGUUUGUACUCUCCAACAUCACCUAUUACUAUUACAAACUCUCCAACAUUACCGUAUUCCACUACAUACUCUCCAACAUCUCCACGAUAUUCAAAUUCAUAUUCUCCUGAUGAGCGAAUAUCUGAUAAAAACUAUCCAAUAUCUGCAGAUAAUUAUAAUGCAUAUUCUCCAACAUCACCAACGUAUUCUGAUGAAUAUUCUCCAGAAUCACCACGAUAUUCCAAUUCGUACUCUCCCUCAUCACCUCAAACAAUUUUUAAAUAUUUACCGAAAACACUACAACCCACAAAAAGAACUCCAAGAUUUUCUAGUCCAUAUUCUCCAUCACCAAUAAGAAUUACCGGAGCAUCUUCACCAAUGCAAUCUUAUUCUCCAACAUCGCCAGAACUAAGUACUCCAUCUUCUUUGAAAUCAUCACCAAAUUUAUCUUCCUAUUCUCCAACAUCACCACAACUUUCCUCUCCAUACACACCAAUGUCACCACAACUUACUACGCAAUAUUCUCCAUCAUCACCAUGUCUUAGCGAUUCAAGUUCUAUUAUAUCACCACAACAGUCCACUCCAUAUUCUCCUUCAUCACCUUUAUAUUUACUCUCAAACGAAAAUAAUUUAAGUCCCUCAGAAGGGACUCAAGCAACACUUACUUUACCUACAUAUACUCCCUCAAGUCCCAAUUUUACACCAAAUCUUAACGAACCAUAUUCAACAUCCCCUUACUAUACACCAUCCACUCCCUCUACAUGUACUGAUAUUCAGAUAGAUUUAAAUGAUACAGAUGAUGAGGAUUUUAUAGUGAUUGAUUAAAUCGAAAUUUGAAAUCAUAGUUAGGUAUAACUC